CGGAGCGACAGAGAUUCGGUUCAGAAGAAGUGUGUUCGGGAGCUUGAGUAGAGAGAGAGAGAGAGAGACGGAAGAGAAAAUAAAGGACAAAAUAGCCGAUGGGCAAGAGGGGAUAUUAGGAUAAUCGCUGUGCUGGUGAAGAAAACUUAAUGGCUUUGACACAAACAGAUCCCAACGGACUAAUCAUUCAAAGUGGCGUCAGAAAAGACUGUCCAAUUUAUAAAACAGCGAAUAUGCAGCCGAAAGACACGGAGUUCAGCACACAAGGUCUUCCAAAAGCUUUCCUUCAUAGUUUGCGAACUUUAUUCGAUAUCCUUGACGAUGGAAGACGGGGUUACGUUCACCUGUCUGAGAUUGAGAGUCGGUGGCGCGGCGCGGAGGCUCGCGAUUUACCCCCGGGAGUUCUGGAGGGUUUGAGGCGGGUCGCGCCGCAUCACGGCUGCCUGACUUUCGAGCGAUUCGUUGCGGGACUUAGAUACUCGAUGUUCAAUCCCGAAAACGGCAGCAAACCACUCGCUUCAAACCACCGUCAGCAGCUGAAAUCACAGCAGAGAACCGGCGGUACCGGACGGCCGCUUGAAUUUAAAGUUCGGCCGCUUGGACCGAGUAACGGAUUAAACACAGUCCACAGUCGGAACAGACAGCACGAGAGCUCCGCGUAUUCAGACAAACACGGCAAUUCUUCACAUUACUCGGGGUUUUCAGUCGCAUCUAGAUCCGAGUGUCCGUAUCGAUCCGAUCAGAUCCACAUCGAGCAAAACGCGCAUCACGUCCGAUCCGUUGAAUCAGUCGCUCUGGAAUCUCCUGAUGGCCAAAAAACAGUUGAGAGCCUGGGUCUGCCUCGGUCACGCAGUGAAACGAUGACUGGCUUCACAAGGCCGCGACGACACACGAGGAGCCGAGACGAGCAGCGGCGCCACACCGUCACAAACGGAGUGGAUUAUGGAAUGCUGAAACAGAUGAAGGAGCUGGAGCAGGAGAAAGACUCACUGCUGGCCGGGCUGGAUGUGUUGGAGCGAGCCAGAGAAUGGUACCAGACCCAGAUCCAUAACAUCACUGAGACGCAGAGACACGUCGGCCAGAGCCGUCACUCGACCGAGUUUUUGGCUGAAUCUUGUCAAAGUCGGUUGGAUGUUCUUCUGCCAAAACUACAGGAAGUCACACUCUGCCUCAGUGAUUUAAUUUCCUUUUCUGGGAAGACGUUCUCGUCCUCAGGCUCGCUGUCUGCUGGUGCGUCGUCCAGCACUGCUCCUCCUCAAGCCAUUCACACACUGAAGGAGCACAACCGCCUCCUCACACAGGAAGUGACCGAGAAGAGCGACCGCAUCACUCAGCUGGAGCAGGAGAAAUCUGCCCUGAUCAAGCAGCUGUUUGAAGCUCGCGCUCGCAACGCUCACGACAGCAGUGCGCUCGACUCCACCUUCAUCUGACCAGCAUCAUCACUCCACCACUGUUCACUUUGUGCACAAUCACGCUUUCAUCUGAGGCAGAGUUUACAUGUUUUUCAGUGCAAUUUCAACAAUAAUGUCAGAGAAGCAACAGCACAAUCUAUGAUUGACGGAGGAGCUGUAGCUUGUCCAUGUUUACAGUCAAUCUCACUCAGCUGAGGCUACAUGUGCAAAAUACAUUAAAUAAGCAGAACAAUAAACUGGAUUCCAGCGCAGUAAGAUCAGAUGACAUGAAUAAAUGCAUCGGUGCAGAGGCUGUAUUUAAAGUUCCCUACACAUUUCUUCUGGCUAGUCAGUGUGAUGGAACUUUUAUCUGAGCAGCCGAUUAGUAAGGUCAACAGUUUGGUGUAGAUCUUUCUUUUGGUUUGAUAUUUUAGUUGUGGUGCUUUAAUUAGCGUGCUGUGUUCUCUCUGGAAAAGUUUAUCUCCUUCAAAGUACCAGCUCUACAUCCAUACACAUGCAGACGUCUUUGGCUGUUUUUUGAGCAUCUCACCAUAAGCAUUGUUAUUAAAGGUGGCAUGUAAAGAUUUCUUAAAGUCGCAGUGUAGCAGAAGUAGCUGCAGAUCUUUUCUUCCAUAUUGUAAUGCACAUCUGAGUGAAACUGAUUAUGGGAAAAGAAAAAAUGUAGGGAGGGGCUUGUUUUUGUCCAGUGGUUGUUGAUUGGAUGGAGGCGGAUCUGAAAGUGAACAUUUGAUUGUAAGAGGCGGGGUUUAAGCGCACUAAAUGAUUGGAGAAGUCCUGCAUACAUAAAAUGGGGGAAAAAGCACCUCAGGAACCCUUUAUUCUGUUCCUGUCCAGUGAACUCCAUCUAGCUUUGAAUAAGAAACUAUAUGAUCAGGUCUCCUUAAGACAUUUCUCUCAAAGUAAUUUAUUUGAAUGCAUCCGUGACUUGCUGUCAAAUGCCACAGAAAGUUUUUUAACAUCAGUUUGUACAGAAUAACACGAAAGUCUUUAUCAGGGGUGCACAGAACUGGUGCGCAUGCGUGGCCAAAAUAGAUGAAACGCUGCAGAAAACAUGGAGAGAAGCGCUUUUGAGUACCAAAUUUUUUGGGGAUGGACACGUUUACCCUACGGUUCGGCAUGCAUGUAACUGCUAAGUUUAGCCAUCAUAGAGUUAACGUUUAUCAUUUGGAUGUGUUUUUUUCUUGCCAAUUUACACAUUCAAGCAAUUUAAAUGUGGAAGAAGAGACGAAAAUCGGGACUCGUGCGCGUUUGUCUGUGCGCACAGCCGCACACAUGUAGCGUGCGCAAGCAGAGAGAGUCACGUUUCAGACAUCACUCGAACAGUGAAUUGAUUCCUCUUUCGCGUUUACUUGCGUUUGAACAGACACAUACACACAAAAUUAUGUUAAAAUACCCAUCUUGGCAAGUAUUCUCUUGGUUAUGUCAUAAGUGAACAGUUGAGAAAGAAACCGGAUGUGUGUCCGUAUAUUCGUUCAUAAAGUGACAGCAGAGUAAUAUUCCUUCUGUUGUCUCUGUCAUUAAUGUUAAAUAAAAAAAUACAACUUUAACAAAGAUGAACCUAUAUUUAAUUUCUACAUUGAACAAAUUGUGUUUUUUUUUUUACAUUUAGGCAGUUUGUAGGAUAAGUGUGCUGCGUAAAGUGUAAGUUCAAGGAAAGUCUCUUCACUUGGCCGCCAUAUUUCCAACGCCUCCGGGCAGCUAUUUCGGGCAUUCAAGACUAAGUCCUAUUUAUUUGAAUGGGAGAGUGUCAAAAACUGCUUUGCGAACUCACAAAUAAAUAACAUUUCAAAUCAGCAACACAAUCUGACAUGUGUGAACUGUCCUGUAAAUGUUGUUUCUUAUGCUCAAAUAGCAUUUAAAGACAUAUUAUUUUUCAGGUUUGACGAGCCAAUGCGUAUGUGCAGUCCUAAACGUGAGUCUCGGGUUUCUAUAGGAACCGGAGCUUCUAACCACAGCAGCAGCAGUGACGCGAUGACUUUACCGAUAAGCGAUUGGCUCUUUUACUUUGAAGGCAGAACGUAUUCCGCCAUAUUGUGCGUUGCUGUUUCUCCCAUUCAUAACUAAUAAGAGUGAACCGUCUUUCUAUAUCUAUAGUCUUAGGUACCAAGCAGCAUCUCCAGGUGCUCCCUUGAGAACCAGACCAAAAAAAGUUAUGUGCACCCUUGUUUAUAAUAAUGGAAGUCAUUCUAGAGGGUUUAAAAGCAGAAAUGUAAAGCUUGUGUUUAAGCACUUAUAUUCUUUAGUAAAACAUGAGUGAUAUUUACAAUGUUUAAAUAGUUUUUUUUGAUGCAGGACUAAUGAGUCAAAAUGAUUGGCUGUGGUAAAUUACAGCAGCUCACAGACGCCAGAUACUUUUAAAAAAUGACCUGGAAAACUCUUAUUCUCACUUUUACUCCCUUCUGCUGGAACUGUGAAUGGUUUAGUUUGAUUCAUUGAAUGCUCAUUUUCACUCCAUGUGUAUCUGUUUGCUUCUGUGACUGAUGGUUUCUUUCAAUGGGUUUCAGCUUUUUUUCCAGUUAACCAGGAGUAAAGAUUAAUUGAAUCUGUUGGAUAUUUUGUGAUUUUAUGAAUGAUUACAGCAGCGACUUAUUCGAAUCACUUACAUCAGAAGACUAAAUGCUUCCAAUAUAUAUUUACUAUAGCCAUAUAUAUGCACAGCGUGGCGUGAAAGUGCAUUUUGGACCUGAAUGAUUACUAAAAAACUACUAAAAAACUUCAAGAACUGCCUGAUUAAGUUUCAGCCCUGAUGGCAAGAAGGUCGAAAUGAGAAAGGAAGGAUGUUUGUGGAAGUGAUCUGGACUGCUGAAUAUGUUAUUGCGAUCAUCUAAAGAUAGUUCAUGACGGAUAUGGAGGAUGUUUGUGGGGUUCAGGCACUGACAAACAGGACGCUGUGAAGUUCAUUUCAAUCAAGUGAAUCAUUGAAACCUCAGUCUAUCCACUUUCGUCUUUCCUUGUUGCAGGCCGGUGUUGAAGCAUUUAUACCUGUGUGAAAAACAGAUUUGAUGUAAUGAAUAUCAUACUGUUUAUCUCAACUCUCAUUUGUUUUGCAUAUGUAAUCCACACCAGUCUUGAUGCUUUUCCAUUAUUAAACAAGCCUUUCAGUA